AUGGCAUCUCAGCUAUGUCUAGAGGACUACACCGUAGGGUGGAUCUGCGCCCUCCCAGUCGAGCUGGCAGCCGCGGAAGAAUUGCUCGAUGAGGAGCACGAGACCCCUCAAUACGAUGCCCGCGAUACAAAUAUUUACACCUGUGGAAGAAUUGGCAACCACAAGGUCGUGAUCGCUUGCCUGCCCGAAGGCCAGAUAGGCACCAACUCAGCUGCAGCAGUCGCCGUGCAGAUGAAGUCGACUUUCACCUCAACCCGCUUUGGUCUAAUGGUCGGCGUAGGAGGCGGCGUUCCCACCGAGGAUACUGAUGUGAGACUUGGUGAUGUCGUGGUCAGCAAGCCACAUAAGACACAUGGUGGAGUUGUCCAGUAUGACUCUGGGAAAGCUACCCAGACUGGGUUUGAGCGAGUAGGCUCGCUCAACUCGCCGCCUACGAUACUCCUGAACGCUGUUGCGAAAGUGAGGGCGAAGCACAUGAGGGGAAGAGGCAAGUGGCUGGAAUACCAUUCUAAACUUGUCACCCUGCCUGCAUUUGGGCGCGAAGCUGCUGGUGUAGACGUUCUUUUCGAAGCGGAGUACAACCACGAGGGAGGGGCUACAUGUAGAGAAUGUAACCAAGAUCGUUUGUUAGCUCGAGAACCAAGCCGGCGGGAAGUGGUAGUACAUUAUGGAACAAUCGCAUCUGGUAACCAGGUUAUAAAGACGGCUGUCGAGAGAGACAGACUUAGCGCAGAGCUUGGUGGGGUGCUUUGUUUCGAGAUGGAGGCUGCAGGCCUCAUGAACAGCUUCCCUUGUCUAGUGAUUCGGGGUAUCUGCGAUUACGCUGACUCACACAAGAAUAAGCAAUGGCAGAUGUAUGCAGCAGGGACGGCAGCAGCUUACGCAAAGGAAGUGCUAUCAAUGAUUCCGUCAGACCAGGUGCAGGCACAAAGGAAGAUUGUCGACGUUCUCUCUAACCUCCAAGACACUGCAGCAAAGCACCAGGUUAUUGCAGAAGAGCAUUUAGACAUUGCGCGGGAGCAUUUAGAGAUGCAACACACAGUACGCGAGAAAGAGUGCCUCCAGUUAUUUCGUCUUACCAAGAGCACUCAGGAUGCCACCUACGAGUGGUAUAAGGAUCGCAUAGAAGACCGGGUAGAAGGCACAUGCAAUUGGUUUCUUGAACACAUCCACUUCCGGGAAUGGCUCAAACAAGUCUCGGGGCCGCUGUUAGUCUCCGCAGACCCUGGGUGUGGUAAGUCAGUCUUAGCCAAGUAUCUAGUAGACUAUGUCUUACGAGAUUCGGCGACUGUCUGCUACUUCUUCUUCAAAGAUCGGGACCAGAAUACUGCCCGCCAAGCGCUCUGCGCUCUGCUACACCAACUCUUCUGCCAGAAACCAAGUUUACUUCGACACGCUAUGAAACACUACGAACAGGAUGGUAAGGGGCUAGUUGACUCAUCAAAGUCGCUCUGGUCAAUCUUGGAAAACGCAGUGCAAGAUAGUGAAACAGGACCCAUCAUCAUAGUUCUAGAUGCCUUGGAUGAGUGUGCCGAGCCAGAAUUCGAGGAUCUGAUGCGCAACAUCGAGAACCGGUCUCGCAACAGUAAUGGAACACUAAGAUAUCUCAUGACGAGCCGGCCAUACCAACAGAUUGUAGGGAAAUUUCAAGGCUUGAUGGAGUUAUUCCCACAUAUUCAUAUACCUGGGGAAGAGGAAUCGGAAACCAUCAGUCAUGAAGUCAACCUUGUUAUCGACCACCGGGUCAGACAGUUAGCAAAGGACGAACUACUUUCAAAGGAAAUCGAAACUGCUCUACGAGAUUCAUUGCUUGAGAUCGAACACCGCACCUACCUUUGGGUGUAUCUAGUAUUUAACUAUUUGAAGUCUGAAGGAUUUAAGAAGACUAAGAAGGGAGUUUGCUCAGCUAUCAAAUCGCUACCAAGAACUGUCAGCCAGGCGUAUGAGAAGAUUUUGAGCAAGUCUAAAGAUCAGCCAAUAGUCCGCAAGGUUUUGACCACCCUGUUGGCCGCAGCGCGAGCAUUCACGGUUUUAGAGCUGAAUAUCGCCACAGAGAUACAAGGGACUACACAAUCAUGGCAAGAGCUGGAUCUUGAAAGCGAAGAAGAUUUCAAAUGUCGUCUGAGAUCUUGGUGUGGGCUGUUCGUCUCAGUCUAUCAAGGAAAGGUAUAUUUUCUUCAUCAGACCGCUCGCGAAUUUCUCAUCGCGGAUGUGUCACCAUCUGCCAGCGUGACUCAAAGCGCACAAUGGGAACAAUCAAUUGCAAUACAUCACGCGCACAAGAUUCUCGCGGAACAGUGUCUACAUUACAUCGGCUUCUACGACUCGCAAACAAGAUCCGAGAGAGAUACUCUAGUGCAAAAUAGGCAACAUCAUAGCGCACACAGCUUCUUUGAAUACUCUAGUGAGUUUUGGACUAUGCAUUUCCAGGAAGCCAACUUAAGCAGUGGGAAAGAUGCUGCUCUGUUGCAACUUGGAUGCAAAGUAUCGAAUCCGAAGUCUAUGUGUUUCUUAAAAUGGACUAGAAUACAACAACACCGAUAUGCUUCCCGACACUUCAAGGAUGCAUCCCAUCUAACUAUUGUGUCGUUGUUCGGACACAAUGAAGUUGUCAAGAUGCUGCUCGACAAGGGCGCUGACGUUAACGCCCAGGGUGGGUUCUAUGGCAACGCGCUAUAUGCAGCUUCAGAGGAAGGCCACGAACAGGUCGUCGAGAUGCUUCUCAACGCGGGCGCCAGCUUCAAUAGCUACUUCGAUUACCUAGGUCAAUCAUACAGCGACGCUCUAGAGCUAGCUUUAUCAAGAGGCGAUGAUCAAGUAGUCGAGAUACUGCUCAACGCAGAUGCUCCUUACGAAGAGUCGUAUGACAGCGAUAGCGACGACUCCUAG